UUUUGUCAGCACCAUACAGAGGUCGCGACAAGUCGUACGCGGGGGGCUCCAACUAGUUUUUCGUUUUCUGACAUCGCGGUCGGAUAUACAGGAAGAAUUGUCCAUUAGUAAUCCGCUCGCCUUUUACCAACGAUAUGUUUCUGUACGCUCCGAUCGCAGCAGCCACUACCGCUCUCGUUCUGUUCGCGGGCUUGGUGCUCGGACAGAACAGUGAUUUCCAAUGUCCGUCGAAACCGGGAUUUUAUCCGGAUCAGAUACAAUGUGACCUGUACUAUCAUUGCACUGCGGACGGCGAGCUGACGGAAAAACUAUGCCCCGACGGUCUGCUGUUCGACGACUCCAACCCUAGCCACGAGAAGUGCGACACCUCCAUAAACGUGGACUGCGGCACGAGAACCGCUCAACAGGAACCGAAAACAUCCAAAGGUUGUCCUCGGGCCAACGGCUAUUACAGGCAUUGGGAUGAAGGCGUUUGCGACAAGUUCGUCAACUGCGUCGAGGGCGUUGCCAACGAAAUGCCGUGCCCACCUGGUUUGAUAUACGACGAUUCCACCAGCUCUUGCGCCUGGUCGACAGACAGCAAGCGACAGUGCACGACGACCAAAAAAGACGCUCUUACUGACGGUUUCUCGUGCCCGGAUGGUGAUGUGAUUGGUCCGAACGGCAGAAUCUUACCUCACCCGACCUUUGCGCACCCAGACGACUGUCAGAAGUUCUACAUCUGUCGAAACGGCGUUACCCCACAAUACGGAAGCUGUUCCGGGGGUUUGGUAUACAACGAAGUGUCGUUCAAGUGCGAUGACCCGGAAAACGUCCCUGGUUGUGAGAAUUACUUCGAAAAUGAAGACGAGAAGAAGAAUGGAAAAAAUUAAAAUCUCAUUUGUACUAGUGAAUUAUUUUAUAUUUAAAUGCAAAAUAAAUAAUACUAUUGUUUUAAAAGGUAAUCACUGUAUAUUAAACUUUAUUUUAAUUGCAUCUUAAAACUUGCCCAACAAUGAAUUGUGUUAAGUUUAAUAAAUCCUUGAAAUACUAAUAUGAUAA